CUUGGUUCUAGCGUUACUCUGUCGUCGAGUGUUGUGAUGAGUAGUAAUAUAUUUCGUAUUCGGAACUUUGUGAGUAGAGUUUAACCGGUAUCACACACACGUUGGGUGAAUAACCGGGUUUCAUUUAUAAGCAUUUUCCGAGGAUUCGAUCAUUAUUUAAUAAUGUUAACACAGAUUUGUCAUCGACCCUAACUGUGCGGGGAUUCCCUGGGGAUGUGCUGCGUGCCGGCGACUUGUUGGUUACGCCCGCAAAUUGCCAUGUCCUAACUCAAAUUAUUAUUAAUACCAUAUUUGGCUUCUACGUGAUGAUAUUUAUGAAGGACCAGGUUCAGGCCCCCUUUAAAAUCAGGAAGACACCAAGGCGAUUUGCCUGCUGCGACUUGUUCCUUGACUUGUUCUCAUCGACAAUGCCAGACAGUUUCUCACAAAAAAUGCGCAAGGGCAGAUCUGUAUCGCUUCAUCUCCCAAAGCAAUCCAACCCCACGCCAGUACCCCCAUCCCUAACGAACUCACCGCACCUCUCCUCGCCGUACAGCAUGUUUCGUCAGAAACCUCCCUUGCUGAAGACCCCAUCCCAGGAGGAUGACGAGUGGUUGCGAGACAUGGUGCCCAUGAAUAGCGAGCAAAACACCUUUGAUGAAAACCUUCUGAGCGUGUCGCAACCAGUCACACCAGUACAGAAGCAAUGGGAGACAUCACAAGAGGGGUCACCAUCGUCGUCAGGGAGCUCGUCUCGGGGUCGCGCAACAUUGUUUCCGACUCGACCUAACAUGCAUCGUUCAUGGUCGUCUCCUUCGACAUCCUCACCAUCUAUCGUCCCUGUGCCACCCUUUGACUUGACGGGCGGACGAGACACCCGGCGGCGGGUAGUAUGAGCCCAGCGUCAUCGCGGACUUGCGUAUUUAUGAGAAUCAUGUACUCUCUAUUUCUUUGGGUCUUAUUAGGUUACAUCGGGUCUUGAAUUUCAUUGGAUUUCCGGGUUUAACUUAUCCUACAUCACUUCCCAUCUUCAAUGGUUAACUUUCACUUUACUUUAUACAUUCUUACUAUCGAUUUCACAAAGUACUAUGUUCUUAGAAUUAUGUAUCCUAUGUUACAAAAGCAAACGUACACGCGAUCACUUCUUCUUACCAGCAG